AUGGACUCGCCCACUUCAACCUCGGUCAACCGCGACUCUCUGAGCCGUCUGGCGCCCAAGAAGCAAACCCUCGAUGACGCCUACUCCGAGCCGGCCAACUUCCUCGAGAUUGACGUGCUCAAUCCGGUGACGCACGGCAUUGCCCGCAACCGCUACACCGACUACGAGGUUCGCAUGCGGAGCAAUCUGCCCAUCUUCAAGCUGAAGGAAUCGAUCGUCCGCCGCCGCUACUCCGACUUUGAGUGGCUCCGAAAUGAGCUGGAGCGUGACUCGAAGAUCGUCGUGCCGCCGCUGCCGGGCAAGGGCUGGCGUCGCCAGCUGCCCUUCCGCUCCGAUGAGGGCAUCUUUGAGGAGGAGUUCAUCGAGGAGCGGAAGCGCGGCCUGGAGCAGUUCAUCAACAAGGUGGCCGGCCACCCGUUGGCGCAGAAUGAGAAGUGCCUGCACAUGUUCCUCCAGGAUCCGCUCCUCGAUAAGGGCUACUCGCCGGGGAAGAUUCGCAGUCAGUGA